AUGAAGAUAUAUGUAUAGUGAAUGUUUGUCUUUAAGUUUGGAUUGGAUUUUUGAAGUGUGGAAUAUUGUUUUUAGAUUUAUUACGUAAAUUUAGGCAUAGAUUACAAUUUUAGGCUUAACACAGGAUUUCAGGCUUACGAUUAGCGUAAAAAGUAGAGGUUUUUCGGGUAUAAAACGUCACUCGCAACCUGCAGAGUUCGGGCGCGCGCCUGCUAAAAACAAAUGUAAUUGGAAAUCGUGAUCUUUACAAGUUUUUUCACCUCUUUAUCACUGUUUUUGAAUGAAAUUAAUAAACUUUGAAUAAAGAAGCUGUAUCCUUACAUUUUGUGAAUUGUCUAAAAUUAUAGGGCGGAUCGUCGUUCAUUAACCAUUCUCACUCGCCGGUUCAUUUGUCAGUUCAGGUCGCAACGCCUGUUUUGGUGUGGAGCGUCGGUUCGUGGCAUCGUAACUCCCGUUUUACACCGAAAUAGUGGUGUUCAUUGUGUUAGAAGAAUUUCUUUAACAAGCGGUAAGUUUUUGUUGAAUAUUUUCUGAUUUUAGGAUAUUACAUUUGAGAUCAGGUAGUAUACCUCGGUAAAACAACAAUAUCUCAAAGAUAACAAAAUGUUUUGGUCUGCACUUUUGUGAUAAGCUUAAAAAGGGUCUUGUAAACAUUUUAAAAAGAUUAAUUGUUGUUGUUUCUACGAAACAUUUUAUCAGUUACAUUUUUUAUCUACUAAAGCUGUUAUUGUUCAACAAUCAUUUAUUUUUAGUCCAAAACAAGAUGGUGGAAGGACAAUUGAUUAACCAAGUUGGGAAGGAUUUGGAAGGACCAUUUCCUUCUCAAAAUUUAAUACCCAAAGUUUUAACUCAACAGGUUUGUUUUAAAUUUGAGUUUAUAUUAUAGUUGAUCGGCUGGUCGAAAAUAAAUUAAAAUGGUUAACUUAUAGUUAUAAAAAGUAUAAUUGCUUGAUUUUAGGUACAAUUCUUGAAAAAAUAUCCCGAAUACGAUGGUAGAAAUGUAGUGAUCGCGAUUUUGGACACGGGUGUGGAUCCAGCACUGCCGGGAAUGCAGGUAAUGGUCUAUCAUUAAUUUUUUGAGUUUUAGGUAUCGAAACGGGAUAAAAGUGUCAAGAAUUUGUUGUGAAACGAAAGAGUUAUAUCUACUCUACUAUCAAGCGAAAGAUUAUGUGUAUCGAACAAGUUAAUUAAAAGUUUACACCGCUAAUAACUUAUAUUAUAGUAUACAUCAACUGGCGAACGAAAAGUGAUCGACUGUUACGAUAUGAGUGGAGCUGGAGAUGUCGAUACAUCAACUGUGAAGAAAGUAGAAAGUGAUGGUACUAUUACUGGUUUAAGCGGUCGAAAAUUAAAGGUAAGAUUUGAUUUUAAAAGCUUUUAUAGAAGGAUAAUGUUACUAUAGGCAUUAAGAGCUGACAUAUAGAAGAGAGAUAAAUAUAGUGAAUAAUUUAAUCAUUUUAGAUCCCUGAAAAAUGGAAAAACCCAUCUGGAAAGUAUUAUUGUGGUAUCAAGCCACUGUAUGAGCUUUACCCCUCUGGUUUGGCUUCUCGGAUCAUGGUAAGGUUUUGACUUAUAUUAUCUUUGAUUUUUAGGUAAAAGAUCAAGGGAAAUUGUUAAGAAUUGUUAGAGGAGAGUUCUUACUUUGAUAUAAGUGUAAAAAUAAUUUUUAAGACUUUUGUUUUGACAUGAAAAGGGCUGUAUAUUAUUCAUGAGUUAUAUAUGGUCAUGGUUAACAUAAAAUGAUCUUUUAUGAAAAGGUUGACAAAAAUUUAGAGUAAAUAUGCAUAAAUAUAGUCGAACAAGGUGUUUACUACAUUAGUUGUUUAAAAACUGGAUUAACAGGCGUUAAUAAAUAUUUUUGGAUAUUAACAUAGACUAGUCUGAUAUUAAAAUAGCCUAAGCUUAUGUGAACGUAUUGUAGAUUUUUAUAAAAAUAACAUCUAAUUACAAACAAAAUGACCUAAACUACCUUUUUCAGAAAGAAAAAAAGGAAGAAAGCCUGGAUUCGGAGCAAAACCUGGCAGUCGCCGACGUCUUAAGACGAAUCCAAGAACACGAAAAAGAGGUCGGCGGAACGUCCGAGCAUUUGAAAGACAAGCUGGAGCGAGAGAAUUUGAAUUAUCAGUUGGAAUAUCUGCGAUCGUUCGAAAAACAAACCGACGUUGGCCCGAUCGCCGAUUGUUUGGUGUGGCACGAUGGAGAUAAGUGGUAUGCCUGCGUUGAUACCUCUUUUCGAGGAAGGCUGGGCAUGUGCACGGUCUUGACUAACUACAGGGAUUCAAAGGAAUACGCGUUUUUUACGGAUAAAGGUAAGAUAUGAUUUUUUUGGGCUGGGUAUUUAGAGAUUUUGAUCAUUUUGUUUGCGACAAAGAGAAUUUUUUUUGAAUUUUAGGUAACAAAAUAUAUAUAUUUUCUUAAUUUUAAAUAAUACACGUGAUUUUUUGCUAAUUUUAGAUAACAAAAAAUGAUUUUUUAAAUUUUGGCUUAUAAAAUAUAAUUUUUGAUAAUUUUAGGUAACAAAAAAAUAAUUUUUUAAUUUUACUAAAAAUUUUGAUAAUUUUAGGUAAUACGAAAUACUUUUUACGAUUUUUUUGUAAAUAUUUUGAUUUUUUUAUUUUUAAGUGAUAAAAGUGAUUUUUUAAAAUUUUAUAUAAAGAAUUUGAUCUUUGAUCAUUUUAGGUAACAAAAAAUUUUUUUUAAAAAAUUUUUAGUAACAACUUUAAUUUUAGAUUAUUUUUGCGCAUUUUUUGUAAAUAUUUUGAUUUUUUUUCAAUUUUACUUAAAGAAUUUGAUUUUUGUUAAUUUUAGGUAAAAAAAAAUUUUUUAUUGAUUUUCUAAAACUUUAACAAUAAAUAUCACUUUUUUUUAAAUUUCAAAAAUUCCAGACAAAUUCACAUACACAGUAAACAUUCACAACAGUGGAAAGUUGCUGGAGAUUGUAGCUUGUUGCGGAGCUCACGGAUCUCAUGUUGCUCACAUUGCCGCGGCCAAUUAUCAGGACGAGCCAGAGAAGAACGGCCUGGCUCCAGGAGCAAAAAUUAUAUCCUUCUGUAUUGGCGAUGGUCGGCUUGGAUCUAUGGAGACUGGACAGGCUUUGACUAGGGCGGUAAGGCGAUUUAAAAGGUGUUUGGGGUGGAUUUUUAUGAUUUGUGGGGGUUUUGGAUAAGAUUUUUUUGAGGUUUUUAGGUGGUUUUAGGUCAUUUGUGAGAUUUAAAAUGAUUUUUUUUUAAUUUUCGACUUUUAUUUGGCUAUAAAAUUCUUAUUUUAGCUCAAAAAGUGCUCUGAACUAGGCGUAGACGUGGCCAAUUACUCAUACGGUGAGGCCGCCCGAUUCCCAAAUGCCGGUCGAAUCAUUGAAGUUCUUAACGAUACUGUUUACAAAGACGGAGUAACCUUUGUAUCAUCAGCAGGCAACAAUGGACCAGCCUUGUCGACUGGUGGUGCACCAGGAGCAGCUUCUUUGGCCGCAAUCUCAGUUGGAGCAUACAUUCCACCAGAGGGCGUAGACCUGUUGUAUGGUGCCAGAACGAAACAUGAUGCCAACUUGUACCCAUGGAGUAGUAGGGGACCAGUGUGAGUUGUUUUGACGGUAGAUUGGAAGCUAUUUUGACUGUUGGGCGUGGUUUUUGCGAAAUGAGGGUUUCUCGAUAUUGUAGUAGGUGAGGAUGGGUAUAGAUGGUAAUUUUAAAGUUUAAUGAGGUCAUUUCGGUAAACUUUUGAUGUUUUAGUGGGCAGUGUAAGAUAGCUAUGAUAUCUGGGCAUUUUUUACAAGGUUUUAUCGUUAGGUCAAAUUAAAAAUGGCAGUGUUAUGGCUAAAAAUUGUAGAAAAAUUUGCGAUUUUUUUGGCGUUUUUUGAAUUGUUUUGUAAAAUACGACAAUUUUUGUAAAGAUUUUAAUGCCUUGUAGUAGUCCAAUGUAUAAAGAAGUUUUUUUCAGACCAGACGGAGCUAUCGGAGUCAACGUUUCAGCUCCAGGCGUGGCGAUAGCCGGCGUUCCAAAGUACAAACUUCAUGGUGUGGAACUGAUGAAUGGAACUUCAAUGUCAUCCCCCAAUGCCACCGGUAAUGUGGCCUGCUUAAUGUCAGCGUUAAGAGCAACCAACGUACCAAUUUCACCAUAUCGUAUCAAAACGGCACUGGAAAACACGGCUCAUAUGCCGCAAUCGACCGAUAUUACCCCUCUGGACAUUGGAAGUGGCCUAUUACAACUUGAAGAUGCCUUUAAUUGGUUCAAGAAUGCUGACUCGAUUCCAGACAGUAUUUCAACAGUAAAAGUUACAGUAUCCGAUGUGACUCAAAGUGCGAGCGAACAUGGAAAGUACGGUGUCUACCUACGAGAAGCCUACCAAACGCAGAAGGUAUCGGACUACGUGGUUACAGUAUCCCCAGAGUUUAAAUUAUUGUCUUCGAAUGAUGAGAAGAUUGACUAUUCAAGAAAUAUCAAGUUGGUAUCAAAUGUGGACUACCUGGAUCAUCCUCAAGUCAUGGUCAUGACCAAUCAAUCAAGCAACUUCCAGUUGAGGGUGGACCCGACCAAGUUGGGUGUUGGGGUGAGUAUGGCAUUUUUAUGGGGUUGGAGGUUUGGUAUGGUGAUGUAGGAGAGCUUUGGAUCAGUAUGGUACUAUAUGGGUUUCGGAAUUUUUUUGGUACUAUAGAUGGUUAGUAUGGUGCUAUAGAGGUUCUAUGAGUUAGUACGGUACUAUAUUUGUAGUGUUAUGUCAGUAUCAUACAUACUAUGUGGGUAUAUUGGGUCAGUAUGUUGCUAUAAGAGUACUAUGGGUUAGUACGGUAUUAUAUAAGUACUGCUGGGCUAGUGUCAUACUGUGUAGGUAUUUUGGGUCAGUAUUGUGCUAUAUGGGUAUUCGGGUCAGUAUGUACUUAUUUUGCAAUGAAAAUGAGCAUUUAAAAUUUUUUUUUUGAAUUUUUAAAAUUUUUGAAUUUUACCUAUUUAAUUUGGUCUCUAUUUCAGUGUCACUUUACCGAAAUCUACGGAAUCGACGCGGACCGACCACAGCUAGGCCACCUAUUCAAGGUCCCAAUCACCAUAAUCAAACCAAUCAUAUUAUCACAAAGCGAUGACUUUAAACUCAAACAAUCGUAUGGAAUCGAACCCGCCAAACCCCUGAGAAUCUUUGUCAAAAACCCAGAAGGAGCUCAGUACCUGAAGCUGAAACUGAAAACCACCAAUCCUGAAACGGUGUCGAAACUAUACCUACAUGUAGUCGAUCAAACCCCAGCCUACUCGUACAGAGAACGCGAAAUGAACAAGGUCGGUCGAAAAAAGAAAUCCCGCAUUGUCAGUUUAUUUUUGAUAAGGUUUGGGCAUUUUGGUAGUGGUUUUUAGGGGGUGGUUUGAGGAAAAUCUUGGUUUUUAGGUAGGGUUUUAGGGAAAAAAGGUUAAUUUUUAGGUAUAUUUUUGAAAAAAAGGUUAAGUUUAGGUAUAUUUUGAGCCAAAAAAGGUUAACUUUUAGGUAUAUUCUGGGAAAAUAGGCCAAUUUUAGGUAUAUUUUGAACAAAAAAGGUUAAUUUUAGGUAUAUUUUGAGAAAAAAAGCUAAUUUUUUUAAUUGCUAAUGGAAUCUUAUCGCUUUUCAUGUUAUAGUUUUGCGCAUUAGAGCCAGGCAAUGAACACGUAUUUUACAAAAGGGCGGCCGAAGGACGAACGACCGAUAUCACCAUGGUUCUACAAUGGAACAAUGUGGAACGAAAGGAGAUUGUGGAUCUCGAACUAAGCUAUCAUGGUCCUAAAUCGGAGAUUCCGUUGUGGGUAGGUGAUUGAAAUGGCAAAAAUUUUAAAAAAUUUCGAAUUUUGGGUCAUUUUUAAAACCACCUCUAUUUUAGUACACAAACCAAGCUGCCCAUGCUCUGAAAGUUUCAAACGCUUUGAGGUACGAGACCCUAGCACCAGCCGUCUCGCUAACCCACUGCCGGCACAGUAUCAGAGCAACCGAAGCCAAAGUGGCACCAUUAGGCCCAAGGGACCUGUCUCAUGAUGGAAUUCAAAUGUUUGGACUUUAUUUGACAUAUAAGUUUAAUGGUAAGAAAAAAUUGACUUGUUUUCUUGUAAUUUAUGAACGGGUCCUCUUGCGUAAAAUGGGAUAAAAUGUUAUUUUUUGGGCUUAAAAUGGAGCAAAAGGUGCUUUCUGGGCCUAAAAUUAGUUAAAAUGGUAUUCUUUGUAUGUAAAAUGAGGUAAAAUGCUCCUUUUCGGUCUAAUAUAAUGUAAAAAUGGACCGUUCAUAUCUAAAAUAAGGUAAAAUUUCAUUGUUUUCAGUGUCAAAGCCUGCCGAAUACUCGUUCUGGCUACAAGAACUAACGGACUACCUCUAUGAAAACCCAUUCGACUGCAUUCUUGUCCAUGUUUAUGAAGGAAGAAGGUUCAUUCAUUCGAGUUCAUCAUUUCCACAGAGGGUAAGAAGGCUUUGAAAUGAUGUUUUAGGUCAAUAUAGUGAUUUUUUAGAUGAAAAUUGGGAAAGUUUUGAUGUUUUUUGAUUGUUUUUGGCCUUGAAAGUUGUAAAAAGUUAUAAUUUCUGCUGUUAAAUUAGAUUUAAAAAUCAGUUUUAAUCAAUGAAGUAUCAAUCAUAAUAUAAAAAUCAAUUUCAGUACUACAAACGCCUAAACAAGGGCGAUCACCGCGUCAAAAUCCAAAUCCGCCACAAGAACGAUCAACUCCUCGAGAAGUUCAAAGACUCAGUCCUCGAACUCCGAUGGAAACUCGCCUCACCAAUCACCAUCGACUGCUACAGAACCCACGCCGAAGCCGUGAAAUGCGACGGCAAAAAAGUAACAAGCCUACCGAUGCGGCCAGGCCAACAAACCAUGCUCUACUUUGCCCCAAUCCCCGAGGACAAACUCCCAAAAGGCAUUCAUUCAGGCGACGUCAUCAGCGGAUAUUACACUCUAACAGCCGACGAAACCGCCAAGAAAUCGGUACAGUAUCUGGCGUUGAUGAAUGUCAGCGAAAACAACACGAAAAAGAUUGGCAAAGCCUUGAGUACAGUAGUUGUGGAGGCAGGAAAAGAAAAGGAAAAGUCAGCGGCCGAAAAGUACGAGGAAAGUGUCAGAGAUCACAAGAUUAAGUUGUUGUCAGGAUUGAAAGAUGCUGAACUAGCUGAGAAGGUCUACAAUGAAUUGUUGGAGAAACAUUCGGAGCAUUUGCCACUGCUGAUUGCACAACUACAGAGAAUCCAAAGCGAAAAGAAGAAGGAUAUAGGAAGAGUGAAUGAAAUCGUACAAAGAGUUUUGGACCUCGCUAAACCGGCCGAAGUAUUACAGUUCUUUGGAGGCAAAAUCGAGGAAAAUGAAGAGGAAUUGAAGAAAAAGAAGUGA